CGCAGCCGCCUCUUCUUCUUCCUUAAGUUUUUCUUUUCCUUAGCAAACAUAUCCAACGACUGCUGCUACUCCUCCUUCCUCUAUACCCCUCCUCUUCUUUCAACUCCUGCAUCCUUCUUCCAGCCACUGACACCGUUGCUCGCCUAUUUCCCUCUGCAUGCGAGCUUUGCCCUCCGAUUCUGUAUUUGUUUUCUGCGUUGCAUGUAUUGAUAUUUGAUACUGAUCUAUAGACAACAUCGACAGGGAGGAGCGGCGGCGGGUUGAUUGUUUUGUUGGUUGUGGUGAGGUGCACCAGUAGUUGUCCGAUCUGUGAGGAACGGCGGAGAUUUAUGGGCACAAGGGUUCCGAUUUGCCUUCCCCUGAGUUUUUAGGGUUUUUUACUAUAAGCAGAGGUGAAGAAAUUUGUCGCCGUUCCUUGUGUCUACGAAGAAGUCGUGCGAUAAUGGCUUUCGAUUAUGGGUAUUUUAUUUUUUUUAGUUUAUGUUUCUAGGUUUUAUGGUGAAGGGAGAUGGUCAGAUGGAGAUUAUGUCGAUUAUUGCUUCUGGAAAAGGGAUCGAGCUAGGCACAAUGGGUGCAGGAGAACGAAGUUGGCGCCUCAGUUGGAGGAGAGCUCGGCGGCGACCAUUUUGAGUCUUGAAGAUCGACGAUGCUCAUGUGUAACUAGCCGGUGAAGCUGCUACAGGGGUGGAUCGGCGAUCCAAAUCCGGCGAAUCAGAUCUCUCUGUAGCCGAUCGGAAGAGAAUCAAUCACUUAGUUUUACACGUGGUGAUUGUCAUUUUUUUUUGCAGCAAUCUGUCAAUUUGUUCGCGUUGAUUAGAUUAUAGGGUCCGUUUGAUUUGUCUUUCUGGGUUUUGAAUAAGUAGAAGAAGCAGGGCAAGGGUUCUGAAUUUCGUUUGUUUGGCUUUCUCGGUUCUUGAACAAGAGGAAGAAACAAAACAUAGGUAAGUUUUGUCAUUCUAUAUUGUUCAAGCCAAGAAGAAUAACACAAAUCAUUGAACAUGGGUUUACGUUUGUUUUGAAUUUAUGUUUUGGAAUUAUGGGGUUCAUUUUGUUUUGGAUUCCUUUAUAACCUUGUUAAUUAUGUGUUGUGCUCUUAGAUGGGAAGUGAGAAAGUCUAGUAAGGUUGGAAAUGCUGGAAAUAAACGCAAGCAUCACGAGAGGGUGAACAAAAGUAAUGAAGAAGAAGAUUCAGAUGACAAUUAAGGGUACGACUCAGAUGAUCAAGAAAAGAGCAAUCAAGAUUGAUAUUUUGCUUCUUUAUUUUGGACUUGCUGUACUUGGAUUUCAUAUUUCUCUAUUUUGUAUUUAUCAAAUAUUGGUCAUUCAAAAUAUUCGUUAUUUAGAAUAUUUAGAAUGUUAAAACUUUCGGAUUGCAUGAUUUUCAGCAAUAUAUUUUAUUCUUUAUC